UUCCUUUUAUAAAUUUGGAUAGAACAAUGAGAAGACGGAGUUUAUCUGAAAAAUUUGAUUUACAUUUCAAACAAUAUGAUCACACAUAUACUUGUCAAGGCAUUUUUAUAUGAAAAUUUUUAAAGAUCAAUUAAAUGAAAGUUCAGCUAAAAUAAAAAAACGGAAGAGAAAGGGUAAGAAAUUGUCGCGUUAUCCUAAGCCAUAGAGCGACUUAAAGAUUACCAAGGUAAAUCCAAGGUUACGACAAAUUGUUUUUGUACAGAUAAGGGGGGUUUAAAUCAUAAUCAUAGAAUGUAUAGUCGGAUAACUUAACAUGUUUCUCAUACAAAACCACUACUAUUAGAAUAUUAAUUUGAUCAAUAAAUAUUCAGUGCUAAUCAUAUCAAUGAGUAAAAUGAGCAACGACAAGUCAGUAACCGAAUAUGGUUGUACCAAAUGCGCAGACAAACUUCAUCGGUAUAUAUGUGAUCAUUCACUGCGUCUUUCUGAAGCACAAAAGUGGUUAUUACAAGAGACUAUGAAAGAUCCAAUGUCAUUUAUGCUUUUCUCCAGCAUAGAAAUGCAACUUCUAUCAAAUUUGUGUUAUGCGAUAAAUGCUAGAAAGACAAUUGAUAUUGGAGUUUAUACUGGAUAUAGUUCAUUGUCUGUGGCGGAAGUAUUACCAUCAGAUGGACGUGUAGUAGCCUUGGACAUAACAGAUGAAUAUUUGAAAGACUAUUGUUUACCAGUAUGGAAGAAGGCAGGUGUAGAAUCGAAAAUUGACUUCCGACUCGGUCCAGCUCUUCAAACACUACAAACUUUGAUUGAUAAUGGAGAGAGUGAAACAUUCGAUUUCGCCCUGAUCGAUGCUGAUAAAGAAAACUAUAGUAAUUAUUAUGAACUAUGUUUAAAACUAGUACGACCUCGUGGAAUCAUCGCCAUUGAUAAUGUUAUAUGGAAGAAGCGCGUGCUCGACGAGAAUGAUAACAGUCCUAAAACUGUUGGUGUAAGAGAAAUAAAUGCAUUGAUAGCUAAAGAUAACUCUGUUCGAAUUUCUUUCUUAAGAACUGGAGAUGGGCUGACAAUUGUUGUGAAGAAUUGA